AUGAUUGUAGUUUAUAACGGUUCUCGGUCACGUGAUUGGAUUUUUUCGCUGCCCUGCUGUGUCCGGCCGUUUGAAGAAUUGAAUGACCAAACCCGAAAAAAUAAAGAGCGUAAAUUUAAUGUUAACGAGAGCGAAGGGCCAGAAGAAGGAGGAUUAAGCUGA